GGGAAUUUUUUCAACCAUUUGCAGUACACAGUUGGCCGUUACUGUCGUUGGACAAUGCGUGAAUAUUUAUUAGUUUUUGGACUGUUUGCAGUCACUUUGGCUGCGCCAGUUCCAUCUGGGCCCAUGAAAAUUAGUGAUAAUAAUAUCGAAAAUAUUUUCAACAUAAACAUUUACAUUAAUGGAGUUUUUAGCAACAAUAUACAGGAAGACAUAGUCACAAUCUUGGUUGGUCUCUUAAACAAGCAAAGCACUGAUGUUGGCGAGGGUAUGACACUUAAGGAUCAAUUAUUGGCAUUAGCGGAAAAGUCGAAAUCAAAGGAUGUUGAUAUUGACGUUCCAGCUGGUUCAAUGGGACAAAGCAUGAAUCUUGAAGGACUUGCAUCUAAAAUCCAAGAAGCAUUAACAAAUCGUUCAAAAUCUGAUGACAAAUCUUCACUCGUACCGUCGAAUGUCGAAGCAAAGGCAAAGGAUCUUCUUAAUCAAUAUGUCAAGGGAAAAGAAGUAAAGUUGUAGGCUGAUUUUUAUGUGUGAAUGGGAAAAAAAACUUUUAUCAUUUUUUUUUCGGUGGGGAAUAAGACGUAAAAGAUUAAAAAUAAAGAACACAAAAGCUUUUUUUAUUGAGAUCGAUUGUUUUAUUGACUUUUUAUGGGGAUUGAUUGAAUUUUGAUGGAAAUUUUUUUUAUUAAUAUUUUUUGGAAAUAAAAUUUUUGUUGGUUUUUAUAAAUGGAUUUAUUAUGUUUUGGCAUUCUGAUUUGGAUUUGAUGUGAUGAUUCUAAUUGACUUUCAGGGGAUUCUCUUACCUCCAUCAAUGUUCGUUAUUCAGUGUUUUAUCAAAAAGAAAGAGAAAAAGGCUAAUCGAGUUAUCAAACUCAAAAGAUGACACAAAAACUUCCUCAAAAUCUCAAAAACCCACUUCAAACUUCCUCAAAAAUCAUUCUAUCUUGAACAGACUUUAAUCAGACCCAUAAAAUUGACGCAACAAUAUUUCCCAAACCCAAACAAAAUCACGUUAAU